AUGGAGAAUAAUGAUUUAACUUUUUGGAAAAAUUAUCAGGCAGCUAUGCAAUGGAUUCAAGGAAAUACAAAUAAUUGUCCACCAACAUUGAUAACCAGCGAGUACGAGAAUACGUUGAAUGAAGAAGACAACAAAGCACUUGAAUUUACAAUUGAUGAUGAUCUACUAGAUUUUUAUCGUCUCUCACGCGAUCAUAAGGCAAAUCGAAAAACCGAAAAAUCACAAGAGAAAAGCGACGCAGAACAAUUUGAAAUAAUAUCUGGCGAGCAAAUGCGUCCCAGUAUUCAAUCUAUAAGUAAAUUGCCACCCUUGAAUCGGUCAAAACUACGUCAACUAGAACUUGAAUGGCUCUAUGGUUCAGCAAAUUCAUCAAAAAUUCAUGCACGUGAAACACAUCUCCAAAUGGAAUUCGAUCAAAUAUUUGAUAGAAAACAACCGUCUUAUUUUCCAAGUCUACCCAAUCGACUUCAAUUAGAUCCAGAUUCGUUUAAACAACGUACUUCUUUUCCAACGAUUACUAUAUUAAAUGAAACUGCUUAG